UAAGCUGUAGCGCGCCUAAUCCGGUUUAACGCCUGUGGAAAUGGGGCUGCGAGACAGAAGUCCGGCUGAAGGGAAUUGUUUGGUUGGGAAGGUCUUGAUUGAAGAUCUACCGAAACGAGCUAUUUCUCACAAUGAUAUACGCGAUUGGUUAAGAAAGUAUGGAAACAUUUCAGAAAUCGUGAUAUAUCCACGCUGCUUACUUGUCCAGUUUGACUCUGAUCUCGAGGCCGCUGGUGCUGUUCAGUGCGAGAAUGGGGCAUCACUUUUUGGCACCAAGGUCUCUUUAAAGCAUAUGGAAGCCAGUGACUUGAAGGCUCUACGUCGUGCAGGCCCACCCAUCGAUCGAUUUUCCACAAGAUCGCAUAGACAUUCUGGGUCUGAUCGUGAUCGUGACCGUGACCGUGAUCGUGAUCGCGAUCGCGAUCGGGAUAAAAGUCGCGGAUCCUUGCACCGUGAUCGCUUACGAGGCAGAACUAAAUCUCCAGAUAACAGACGUUCUCGCGAUAUAUCACCUCGCCGACACUCAAGAUCGCCAAUCACAUCGCGUAGCGAUCGGCGUACAGUUCAUCCACUCAAUUGGCUUUCAGAAGUUGCUGAACGUGAUAAAAAGCUAAAUGGAUCCAGUCUUCUUGGUCCAGCUAAUAAUAAUAAUAAUAAUAAUAAUAGUAAUAAUAAUAAUAAAUCCACUGAAAAACCUGCUACUAAAUCACCACCUUAUAUGGUGGCCAUCAUAACUGUUCAACAUGAUCUUGUUCCAUAUGCGGAAAUUAUAGAACAACGUGUUACUAAAACUUUAUCUACAUCAGGAACUUCUUCUGUUACGCAUAUAGUUGUCCUACUGUCUGUUGAUCAUCUUGGUCCAUGCUUAGUUGAUCUUGCUAAAGAUGGUGUUCCAUUCGCAAUUAUUUGUACUAUGACCAAUUGGGCACAUAAUUCAUGUACAUUACGUAUUCUUUAUGCUCCAACUCAACAAGAACAUCGUAAUAUGCCUUUGGAUGAUGCAUUAGUCUUACUUCAUCGAGAAUAUUCUGCAUAUACAGCAAGUACUAAAGAAGAAGUUAAUACUACUACUACGACUACUACUACUCCUCCAGACGAUGCCAGUUUCUUUCCACCUAGUCGACAUUUAGCCUCCCUACUUCACAUGUUAGCUGACUCUCGUGUUUUAAGUGUUGGAGAAUUGGAUGAAAUUGCUGUAUUUGUACAAGAACGUAAGCAUCGACUAGAAGGUCGACGUAAUACUGCUAGCAGUGAUGCCGGUGUAUGCAAUGAGAAUACAGCUGAGUUGAAAUCAAGAAUUUUAAGUAUGCUUUAUCCUCAACCUACUAGUUCUACUGUAACAACUACAAACACUGCUUCUUCCAAUCUACCAAUUGAUACAAUUCAUCAAACUCAACCUUUAACAACUACUAGUAUCGGUAAUAAACUAGCUGAAAAUUUAACUAAUCCUAUUGUACAAAAAGCUAUCGAUACAUUAAUGUCAUAUCCGUCUCAAAAUUCAACACAAAAGUCACUAAGUAAUACUAAUAAUAAUAAUAAUAAUAAUAACAGUAAUAAUACUAUGGAAACACAAAAUGUACAAUCGAAAAACUCUUUUCGUAACAAUGUGAAAGUGCAUUCUUCAUCGACAAUUGCUCCAGCAUAUCCAUCUAAUAAUAAUAAUAAUAGUAUCAAUAACAAUAGUAAUAAUAAUAUGAAGCAACCUACCAAUUGGAAUUAUGAAGAUAAUAGUUUUCGACAAAAUCGUCCACCUAUUACAAAUGACUAUAAUCAAAAUAUUCCUUAUGGACAGCAUACUAGACCUAAUAUGCUUCAACAACGUGAAUAUCCCAGUGAAGAAUCACGAAAAGGUCCUGGUUACAUGGAACAUACAGGUCAAAGAGGUGCUUAUCAUCCGGAAUUCGAUAUACAUGAACCAAUUCUUGAUCCAAAUGAAGAAUUCACAGAAGAAGGAGCUUAUCCAGGAGGUUGGCCUAGAAGAAAACGAAAAAAACGAGGUGGUAAAACUAUUUCAAGUGAAUCAUCAUAUCAAUAUCUUGAUCCUAAAAAUUAUACACGUCAACCUAUUGAUCAAUCAUCAACUCAACAACCACUUGAUCUUAUGUCUACUGAAAUUCAUCCAAUCGGUAGUGUAGCCGAUGCAUAUAAAUAUUCUCAAGCUCCUCCUCUUAUAUUCAAUUCAGGAAUACGUGCUAGAUCACAAAGAAUGAACGGUGCAAAUGCUGCAUCCUAUAACAAUUACAAUUAUCAAUCAUUUGGAUCGCAUCAAUCGAAUCAGUUAAAUCAUCUACAUACCCAAUCGUAUGGUGGUUAUCCAAAUCCAUCUACAUUUUAUUAGCAUUUUUAAAAAAAAAAUAUAUGUGUCUGUGUGUGUGUGUGUGCGUGUUUUUCUUCUUCUUAAAGAUUAGCUUCAAUGGUUUGUAACCAACUUUUUGCUUACACUUUCGAAUGAUAUAUUUUGUUAAAAAUUAUUAACGAAAGUGCUCUCUCACAUCACUCACUCACUCCACUAUACAGACACAGCAUAUGAACAAACUAAAUGAAAUACAAAUGUGUAAAAUUCAUGAGUAAUUUUGUGUUUUCUUUCUCGAAAAUGAAAAAAACAGAAAAAAAACAUGGUUGAUUCUCUUUUUUUUCUCCUUUCUGUUUUUUUUUGUUUGUCACACACACACACACACAUGCUUGUUGUAUUAUGCCAGCACUUCAUCUCCUUCCUGUGUGUGUGUGUGUGUGUGUUUGUUUGUUCGUUAUCAAUUAUGCAUUCAUCAUGUUCAUCAAUUUUCAACUAAAAACAAUAUAAGUUCUUAUG